UGGCACCCCAUGUUCCUCCUUUUGUCUCAUUUUCCACGCCGAGGAAAAGCAGAAGGGAGAGGAGGAGGAGGAAAGGAAAAAAAAAAACGAGGAAAAGGGAAUAUCUUUUUUGCAAGUAGAUGUCAAUGGCAGCCGAAUCAGGGGACCCUUUUUAGGGUUCUCGUUUCUCUGCCUUUUCUCCUCCGGUUUUCAGGGGUGGUUGCUGGUUUUGUCGUGUUCGGAUUCAGAGGCAGUGCAAAGUAUAACCAAGACGGGUGCGCUUUGUUGUGUGGCCGCUGGGCCACAUGGAUCAAAACCAGGCACAGAAUCAGGAGUUGGUGAUAACUCCACAGAUAGAGUUGAACCAUAUUGGCGGACAAAUUCUAGCUUCUCACCUCCUCCGUCAAGGAUAUGGGAUUGUAGAUUGCAAUCAGAUGUGCUACCUCGAGGUUAUGGAACUAACAGGUUAUCAUUUUCCUCAAACCGCAAGAAACGCAGAAGCAGGUUGGGUAGUAAUAGGAUUACAAGCCAUCACCAUUCGGUGUCUGAUGGUGCACUUUCUUAUAACGAUAGCCCUCCAAAUAGUGCUCAGGCAUCUAGGCGGUGGACUUCACCAGUACAAAAAUUCAAAGUGGGCGAGAUGGCUGGCCCUUCAGUAAGAGGAUCAAGGUCUGAAACAUCCCCAUAUCCCCCUUGCGCUGAGAGGUAUCUUGCUGUGAAAGCAGCUGCAGCGUCCCCCAGUUUUGGCUCCCCAUCAUCAUUCUCAGAGUUUGACACCUGGGAGUCAACACGACAGCAACCGUACUUUCUUCCUGGCCGUCAUUCUAGACGCUCUCACGUGUCAAAAGCUGUUUACCCAAUGUUGUUUCACAAUCCAGUGUCUGACUUCGAGACCUUUGAUGAUGCCAAGGCUAGCAGCCUCGGCAGGUUGACUCCUGGUGAGGAUCGUAUCUCGCCAUCUUACUGGCACGAAGAUGGUCUGUCUAGAGAGGACAAAUUUUACAGAGCUCUUGCUGAGCUUCGAAAGUUAGAGGCAUCUCCAGAUCUCAACACAAGCUCAAGAAGAGAAGGAUUUAGGUGGAGUAAUGCCAGUAGUUACGAUCUAGGGUUUGAUGUAGAAAGGUGUGCUAUUGCAGAAAACACGGACAGGGAGGAAAUUACAUCACCUUAUGGCCCUGGAAUGGAUCAGAAAUGUGGGAUUUGUGGAAAAUUGCUACAGCAGAAGUCACCGUGGAGUUCCCAUCGGAUUUUACGUGGCAAUGACAUGCCGAUUGCCGGGGUACUUCCCUGCAGCCACGUCUUUCAUGCAGAUUGCUUGGAGCACAUGACCCCCAAAACCCAAAUUCAUGACCCUCCAUGUCCUUUGUGCCUGAAGUAUCUUGGACCUACCUCGGAAUCUCCAUUUGUGAAAGAGUCGUUGCAGAUGGCAUUAAGAUCUUUAAGGAGGAGUCGAGGGGUUGUGAUAGAUGAGGGCCCACUUGAUCAAAAUGACAAAGCCUCAGCACACACUAAGGAUAGAUUAAAGAGAAGUGGCCUCGGGUUGUUCAGCGUUGGAAUAUUGGUGGUUCUUCUUUUGGGAAUCGGCUAAAAAGGCAUCUACUGUUUAAGGGGAGCGGCAGUAAA